AUGGGAGCAGUUAUUGACGGGAGCGAACCAAUGCUCGUUAUGGAAUUCAUGGAGCAUGGAUCUCUUUAUGAAGUUUUGCAGAAUCCUACUAUUGCAUUGGAGUCUGAUCUCAUCUUGCAUAUCAUACAGGACAUUGCACAAGGAACUCGAUUCUUGCACUCGUCCAACCCCCCUGUCAUUCAUGGUGACUUGAAGUCAGGCAAUAUCCUGAUCGAUUCGAAGUUUCGAGCAAAGUUGGCUGACUUUGCGGAAUGGCCAAAAAAGUCCGACAUGUACUCGAUUGGUGUGAUCAUCAAUGAGAUAGUCUCGAGGAAGGAACCUUACCAUGCCGCAACGGAUGACUUAUCUGUGAUUUUGAAUGGAGUCACAGAUCCAAAGGUGAACCGUCGACCAGAGAUCCCCUCAUUUUGUCCUGUGAAGGUCAAGAAGCUAAUCAUGUUCUUGUGGCAUGCUGACCCCAAGCUACGCCCUACAGCCACCGAGUUGAAUAAUCGGUUGGAUGAUUUGAAUGAGCAAGUUUUUGCGGCUUGUGGGCCUAAAAAGACAUCGCGUCUUACACGAGUGGUUCCAACGGGAGACCAAGAUGAUUUCUUGUAUCAAGCAUUCCCCCGGCAUAUAGCAGAUGUGUUGAGAUCUGGCGGCAAGGUCGAGCCAGAACCACACAACGACGUAUCCAUCUGCUUUUCGGAUAUUGUAGGCUUUACUACGAUUGCUUCGAAGCUUGACCCAUUGAAGGUGUCCAGUUUGUUGGACCGUCUGUACUUGAAGUUUGAUGAGGUGACUAGGAAGUACGACCUGUUCAAGGUUGAAACGGUCGGUGAUGCAUACAUGUGUGCUGGCAAUCUAGCCAAUGAUCAGCAUGAAGACCAUGUGCGUCGGAUUGCUUUGUUUGCUACCGGUAUUUGCAAGGCUGCGUCAGAGACAUUGAUUGACGAGGAUGAUCCUUCUGUUGGUUAUACGAAAAUUCGAGUUGGGUUCCAUUGUGGUCCUGUUGUGAGCAAUGUUGUGGGAUCACUGAAUCCUCGUUAUGGGGUGUUUGGAGAUACUGUGAAUGUCGCAGCAAGAAUGGAAACUACAUCUGCGGCUGGGCGAGUCCAUUGCAGUGAAUUAAGCGCGAAGAGGUUGAUGGAUGACGCACCAGAUCUCUUGGUGAAGGCUCGUGGUGCAACACUGAUGAAGGAUCGGGGCCAGAUGAUGACAUAUUGGGUAUCUGAAGUUUGA